GAUGCUUCUUGCUCAAGGACAAAUCGUCGCUUAUGGCGGCACCAAUCAAGUUUCUCAACCUCCCCUUGCUGAUUUUCCCCAUCCUACUCCUUUUCCAUAGAGCCUCCGGUGCGGGCGGCAUUGCGUCGGACACGCUCAGCAAAGGCGGCAACAUCACCGAUGGCGAGACGCUGGUCUCGGCCGGUGGCUCAUUCACCCUGGGCUUCUUCUCACCGGCCGGGGUGCCAACCAAGAGGUGCCUCGGGAUCUGGUUCACCGCGUCUGGUGUGGACGCCGUCUGCUGGGUGGCCAACCGCAACACCCCACUCAACAACACCUCAGGCGUGCUGGUGUUCGGCACCGGCGGGAGCCUUCUCCUCCUCGACGGCCCUCGAGGCCAGACCGCCUGGUCGUCGAACACGACUACCGGCGCCUCCGCCGCCUCUACGGCGGCGCAGCUGCUCGACUCCGGCAACCUGGUCGUGAGCGAGAAGAGCAGCGGCCGCCGCGUCGUCCUCUGGCAGUCGUUCGAUCACCCGUCCAACACCUUGCUCGCCGGCAUGAAGUUCGGCAAGAGCCUGAAGACCCGCGCAGAGUGGUCCCUCACGUCGUGGCGCGCGCGGGACGACCCGGCGACGGGGGACUACCGCCGGGUCAUGGACACCAACGGCCUGCCGGACAUCGUCACCUGGCAUGGCGACGCCAAGAGGUACCGCGCGGGGCCGUGGAACGGCCGCUGGCUCAGCGGCGUCCCGGACAUGGCGUCGGACUUCAGGCUGUUCUCCGUCCGGAUGGUGAACGGCCCCGACGAGGUCACCUACGCCCUCAACGCCACCGCCAGCGCGCCCAUCACCCGCGUCGUGCUGGAUGAGGUCGGCGUGGUGAGGGUGCUGGUGUGGAUGACGGCAAGCCGGGUGUGGAGGCCCUUCCCGUGGCUGCCGCGCGAUGCCUGCGACGAGUACGCGUCGUGCGGUGCGUUCGGCUUGUGCAACGUCGACGCCGCGUCGGCGACGUUGUGCAGCUGCGUCGAGGGGUUCAGCCUCGUGAACCAGUCACGGUGGGAAUCGGAAUCCUCCGGCGGGUGCCGGAGGGACGUGCAGCUGGAGUGCAGCGCCGGCAACGGGACGGCGACGACGGACCGGUUCGCGGUUGUGCGCAGCGUCAAGCUCCCCGACACGGACAACGCGACGGUGGACACGAGCGCGACGCUGGAGCAGUGCAGGGCGAGGUGCCUCGCCAACUGCUCGUGCGUGGCCUAUGCCCCCGCCGACAUCCGAGGUGACGGUGGCGGCAGUGGCUGCGUCAUGUGGAAGGAUGGCAUCGUUGAUCUCCGGUAUGUGGAAAAUGGGCAGGAUCUCAACGUGCGGCUGGCAAAUGUUGAAUCAGCUACCAGGAAGGGGACGAAUGUGGCAAAAAUUGUGCUUCCAGUUAUGGCGUCUGUGCUAGUCCUCACGGCCGCUGGCAUGUACCUUAUUUGGAUCUGCAAGCUUAGAGGCAAACGUCGUCAGAGCACGGAUAUUUUGAAGAAGGCGAUUCUUGGAUACUCGAAUGCGCCAAGUGAGCUUGGUGAUGAAAAUAUAGAACUUCCAUUUGUCAGCUUUGGAGAUAUUGCAGUUGCAACAAACAAUUUUUCUGAGGACAAUAUGCUCGGGCAAGGUGGCUUCGGCAAGGUUUAUAAGGGUACGCUGGGACAGAACAUAGAGGUUGCAAUCAAAAGGCUUGGUCAGGGUUCCAGACAGGGUGCAGAGGAAUUCAGAAAUGAAGUUGUUCUGAUUGCAAAAUUGCAGCACAGAAACCUCGUUAGACUUCUUGGUUGCUGCACCCAUGGAGAUGAGAAGUUGCUGAUUUACGAAUUCUUACCAAACAAAAGCUUGGAUUUCUUUAUUUUUGAUGCUGCAAAUAAAUAUCUCCUUGAUUGGCCAACACGUUUCAAGAUAAUCAAAGGAAUAUCUAGAGGACUUCUUUAUCUCCACCAAGAUUCAAGGUUGACUAUAAUUCACCGAGAUCUCAAACCGAGCAACAUUUUGCUGGAUGCCGAUAUGAGCCAUAAGAUAUCAGAUUUCGGUAUGGCAAGAAUCUUCGGUGGAAAUCGACAAGAAGCUAGCACCCGAUCACUUUCAGAAGCAAAUACCAAUCGAGUUGUUGGGACAUAUGGCUAUAUGUCUCCUGAAUAUGCAAUGGAUGGCGCCUUUUCUGUCAAGUCAGAUACAUACAGCUUCGGUGUUAUAGUCUUGGAAAUUAUAAGUGGAUUGAAGAUCACUUUAACUCACUACAAGGGCUUCCCUAACAUACUUGCAUAUGCAUGGAGCUUAUGGACAGAUGGCAAAUCGAUGGAUCUGGUGGGCUCAUCCCUGGCUAAGAGCUGUUCCCGAACCGAAGCUUUACGGUGUAUCCAGAUAGGACUUCUGUGUGUGCAAGACAAUCCAAAUUACAGGCCGCUCAUGUCAUCGGUGGUGACUAUGCUGGAGAACGAAACUACACCACUUUCAGUCCCCAAACAGCCUGUGUAUUUCUCAUACGCGGGGACCCAAGGAACGACAGGAGAAAACACAAGCAGCUCCGUGAAUAACAUGAGUCUCUCAACAGGGUUGGAGGGACGGUAGAUGGUUUAGGUUAUGCUUGUGGAUGUCUCAUACAUUAUGUAGUA